AAAAACUACACCGAAGCGAUAGACAAGUACAGAGAGGCACUUGGUCGUCUUGAUACGUUGAUUUUGAGAGAAAAACCGGGUGAACCUGAAUGGGAGGAAUUGGAUCGAAAGAAUGUCUCACUGUAUUCGAAUCUAUCCCAAUGUUACCUGAACGUCGGCAACAUGUAUGAAGCCGCUGAGACAGCAUCCGAGGUUCUAUCCCGGGAUCCUGAUAACGAGAAAGCGCUUUACCGAAGGGCAAAGGCACGGAUUGGUUGUUGGCAACUUGAUGAGGCUGAAGAAGAUCUCAAACGAUUAGCCCAGCUGCCAAACAGCGAGGCGUUCGUGAAAGCCGAACUCGCAGUAGUGGCUCAGAAGAGAGCGGAAUUAGCUGCAAGCAAAAAAGAGACCUACUCCAAGAUGUUCAAAUAG